GCCGCUCUGCAGUGAUGCUCACUCCUACCUGCCUGAUGUAGAUUCAUGUAGACUAUGCGCCCCGUGGGACGGACCAGGCCUACUUCGCUCAUAGCGACUUUUGUACAACAGCGUCAUUGGCCGGGCAGCAAGAUUAAUAUUUUCGUAAGAGGUUUGCGCCAUGGAAGAUAGUCUUCGUUUUCAUAUCCACUUCUCAUUAAUUAACCCCAGCGAAUAAAAACACUGAGCUUUUUUUUCUCAGCCAAUAAACCAUAUAAUUCAUCAAGACGCUGCGACAUCACAUUUCCUACAUCUCUACGGUGGUAUGUGUUUAUGGAGAUCACUGAGCUCGAGACAACUUUUAAACCGUGUAAUGACUUGAAACUUGGAAGUCCCCUGAAACCCAGCCCACUGGACCUUAGCUACAGGAACAAGCUGUGUCCUGAUCACAACCAAUACUUUCCCAGCCAGUCCCACCAGACCCUGUUCCUCUGAGACUAUGUGAAUGUGGACUGUGUUAUGGGUACAGAAUCCCAAGGGCCCAGUCAGGAAGAGAAUCAGACUUUCAGGUUGCUAUGGACUAUUGGAUCAACUCCUGAAUCCUGUCAGCUCUGCUUGGAACUUCACAAUGGUGUUGUUUCUGACUGCAACUAUAAUAACCUUGAAUAACUCCUCUCAUGAGAACCAGACAACAGAAAACCCCACCCCCCAGGGUGCCCAUGUACUUUCCUAUAUGCUGGUCGUCUCUCUUCUUCUCAUCAUCAUCGUUCUCCCGACAGUAUACUUCCUAAGGUUUAGAAACCACAGGAAGGCUCUUGUCACCUCAGUUGAUAAGAAGAUUCCAAAUGGCUUCUUGGAAGAUCAAGGAGAGCAGACAGUGGUCCUCCUCCCACGAUCCCCAUCUCCAUCCAAGCGUUACUUCCCCAUCCCCCUGGACUCGCUAGAAGACCAGUUCCGGAUAUGCUCGGCAGAUGACUGCAAGCUUUUCAGAGAGGAGUUCAAUUCACUGCCCUGUGGCUACCAGCACAGCUCAUUUGAGGAGGCUAGCAGGGUGAUCAACAGGGACAAGAACAGAUAUCCAAACAUCCUACCAUAUGACCAUUCCAGAGUGUUGUUAACUCAAAUCGAUGGAUAUUCUUGUACGGACUACAUAAAUGCCUCAUACAUAGAUGGUUAUAAAGAGAAGAACAAAUUCAUUGCAGCUCAAGGCCCAAUGCAUGACACUGUGGCAGACUUUUGGCGGAUGGUUUGGGAACAGAAGACUGCUACUAUAGUGAUGCUCACUAACCUGAAAGAGAGAAAAGAGGACAAAUGUUACCAGUACUGGCCAGACCAGGGCUGUUGGAUGUAUGGGAAUGUGAGGGUGGCAGCAGAGGACUUUACUGUACUGGUGGACUACACCAUGCGCAAGUUCUGUGUACAAUAUCAGGGGAGUGAUGGCCCCAAGGCCCCCUGCCUGGUCACCCAGCUCCACUUCACCAACUGGCCAGACUUUGGGGUGCCCUUCUCCCCCAUUGGCAUGCUCAAGUUCCUCAAGAAGGUGAAGACGGUCAACCCGUCUUAUGCAGGACCCAUCGUCGUACACUGCAGUGCUGGUGUAGGAAGGACUGGAACAUUUAUCGUCAUAGACGCCAUGAUUGACAUGAUGCAUGUAGAGCAGAGGCUGGAUGUCUUUGGGUUUGUGACCCGAAUACGGGAGCAGCGCUCUCAACUCGUCCAGACUGAUAUGCAGUACUCAUUCAUCUAUCAGGCUCUGUUGGAGUAUUAUCUAUAUGGUGACACAGAGCUGGAUGUGUCGUCUCUGGAAGGCCAUCUGCAGAAGCUCCACAAUACCAGAGCACCCCUCGAAAGGCUGGGCCUAGAAGAAGAGUUCAGGAAACUGACCAAUGUACGCAUAAUGAAGGAGAACAUGAGGACCGGAAACCUUCCUGCCAACAUGAAGAAGAACCGUGUGCUUCAGAUCAUUCCAUAUGACUUCAACCGGGUUAUAUUGUCAAUGAAAAGGGGCCAAGAGUUUACGGACUACAUCAAUGCAUCAUUUAUUGAUGGCUACAGACAGAAGGACUACUUCAUCGCUACCCAAGGUCCUCUGUCCCACACGGUGGAGGACUUCUGGAGGAUGGUGUGGGAGUACAGGUGUCACUCUAUUGUCAUGCUCACUGAACUCAAGGAGAGGGAACAGGACAAAUGUUUCCAGUACUGGCCAGCAGAGGGCACUGCAACAUUUGAAGACUACACUUUGGAGCUGAAGGGGGAUGCCCUAUGUGACACUUUCACUCUGAAGGACAUGGUGCUCACAUAUGGACCAGAAAAACAGUCAAGGCACGUCCGACACUUUCAUUUCCACGGCUGGCCUGAGAUCGGAAUACCGGCAGAGGGAAAGGGAAUGAUCGACAUCAUUGCUUCAGUGCAGAGACAGCAACAACAGUCUGGAAACCACCCGAUCAUAGUACAUUGCAGUGCUGGUGCGGGUCGGACUGGGACAUUCAUCGCCCUGAGUAAUAUUCUGGAGCGGGUGAAAGCCGAGGGCCUACUGGACGUGUUUCAGACAGUCAAGAGUUUACGCAUGAAGAGACCACACAUGGUUCAGACUGUGGAACAAUAUGACUUCUGCUACAGAGUGGUUCAAGAUUUUGUUGACAUUUUCUCAGACUAUGCCAAUUUCAAAUGACAAUAUCUGCUACAUAUACCCAUGUAUUUUUCCAACAGGCAUAUACCAUUUUGUUAGAUCGCUUUUUUUUACACUUUGCACUUAAACACAGUACUUAAACUUAUUGUUCCAUAUUGUAAUAUAUUUGUUUGUAUCUCUGUCUGUUUUUUUGUUAGCUCGUUCAAAACAGCCCAAAAGAAAAUGUAAUAUUAUGUCUAUUUAGUCUUUUCAACUAGCUUUGUGUCCUCAGUAUUUGGAUGUCAAACGUUUUGAAUUGAAAACAACCUAAGACCAUUUGAUCAAAAAUGGGAAUGAAGGGUUUAUUAUGUAAACAUUAUGUAUAUACGCUGAGUGUAUAAAACAUUAAGGACAGCUUCCUGAUAUUGAGAUGCACCUGGUCAGUCUAUGUCAUGGAAAGUGCAGGUGUCCUUAAUGUUUUGUACACUCAGUGUAUAUUGAUUAACUUAUGCAUAUAAUCUUUAUCUAUUUAUAUAAGGUAGAAUUUAAUGUACAUUUUGAGUAUGUUAAAAACAUUACCACGAGAUUGCCUUUCGUUGCCUGUGGUCUGUACCAUAGCUAUGGCACAUACUGUGGAAGUCCACAGAUUGGACAAAAAAAAACUGCUGUUGUGAAGAUACACAACCUGCCAUAAGAGUUUGUCAUUGUAUUACUGACCUUACAAGUGACUUAAGUGCCAUUUAAUAUUUGCUGUGUAUGAUGUUUUUUUUAUAUCAACAGUAUUGUUGUUUUUUUGUGCUAUUUUCUACAUUGUAGAAUAAUAGUGAAGACAUCAAAACUAUGAAAUAACAUAUAUGGAAUCAUGUCGUGACCAAAAGUGUUAAUCAAAUCAAAAUGUAUUUGAGAUUCUACAACCACCCUUUGCCUUGAUGACAGCUUUGCACACUCUUGGAAAUCUCAAAUAUAACAUAUAUAUUUUGAUUUGUUUAUUUAACACUUUUUUUGGUUACUACAUGAUUCUAUAUGUGUUAUUUAAUAGUGUUGAUGUCUUCACUAUUAUUCUGUACUUAACUUCAUUUAGAAUCAGUCGUAUGUACUGAGUAUGGAAUUAAGGCUAGUGGUUGCUGUAGUGCACAAGCAUCUUGUCCCUGUACAGCCUCUUAUUUAUUUAUUUUACCUUAAUUUUACUAGGCAAGUCAGUUAAGAAUAAAUUCUUAUUUUCAAUGACAGCCUAGGAACAGUGGGAUAACUGCCUUGUUCAGGGGAAGAACAACAUAUUUUUUACCUUGUCAGCUUGGGGAUUUGAUCUUGCAACCUUUCGGUUACUAGUCCAAAGCUCUAACCACUAGGUUACCUGCCGCCCCAAUCAUAAGUCUGUAUAAAGUUUACAUUUUUCUAUUCUGAGUGCAAUAAAUGCAAUGAAAAUAAACUAAUUUGUCAUUAAUUUCUGAAUAUUUGUAAAAGAUACAAAACAUGUGUAUCAAACAGUGGAGGCUGGUGGGUGGAGCUAUACGUG